AUGUCAACCAUUAAACUUGAAUCUGCCGAUGAGAAGGUUUUCGAAGUCGAACGUGAUAUCGCCUGUAUGGCCGUCACCAUCAAAAACAUGUUAGAAGAUAUUGGUGAAACCGAUACUGCUAUCCCACUCCCAAAUGUUACUUCUAACAUUUUGGAAAAGGUUCUCGAAUACUGCAAGCACCACAAGGAGCACCCAACCCCACAACAAGACGAAAAGAAGGACGAGAAGCGUUUGGAUGACAUUCCACCAUGGGAUCGUGAAUUCUGCAAGGUUGACCAACCAACCCUCUUUGAAUUGAUUUUGGCUGCCAACUAUUUGGACAUCAAGCCACUCUUGGACGUUACAUGCAAGACCGUUGCCAACAUGAUCCGUGGCAAGACCCCAGAGGAAAUCAGAAAGAUUUUCAAUAUCAAGAACGACUUUACCCCAGAAGAAGAAGAACAAAUUAGAAAGGAAAACGAAUGGUGUGAAGACAAGGGUAACUAA